AUGGUCGUCCAAACAGGAAACCGCCUUUCAGGCCUUAAAAGAAAAGCUCACCACGGCCCCGUCCUUGCCUACCCUAAUUUUUCACAAGAGUUUUUGCUUUUCACGGAUGCUUCGGGAAUCGCUCUUGGCGCAAUUCUUUUCCAGAGAGAUUUGCAAGGAAGAGAAAGGGUCAUUUCUUAUGCUAGUCGUAGCAUGUCAUCCGCCGAGCGCAACUAUUCAGUGACUGAACAAGAGUGUCUGGCCGUCGUAUGGUCUCUACAUAAUGGACGUCUUGCUCGCUGGAUUUUGGCCCUGCAGGAAUAUACCUUCACCGUCGUUUACCGUGCCAGAAAAUCUCAUUCUAACGCUGACAGUUUAUCCCGUAUUGCUGAAUCUUCUACUACAAAGCCUGCUGAUUUUUGA